AGCAGACAGACACAGUCCAGAUCUGGAUCGUCCUAAGAUUAGUGAUGUUCUGCUGGGAAAGAAUCAGGAAUCUGACCUUAGUGAGAACACAAAAACAGGAAGUGAUGGAGGAGAGACAUCGAUGGAGACACAGAUGGAGAAACUGAUGAACUCAUUAAAGAUGUGGCUUCAGUCACAAGAUUCAAGAGAAAGAGAAGAUGAAGUGAGGAUUGUUCUUCUGGGAAAAACUGGAGUUGGGAAGAGUUCAACUGGAAACACCAUCUUAGGAAGAGAAGUUUUCAUAUCAGACUUUUCUGAAGAAUCUGUUACUAAAGAGUGUCAGAGAGAAACAUCUGAAAUCAAUGGCAGACACAUUACUAUGAUCGACACUCCAGGACUGUUUGAUACUGAACUCAGUAAUGAAGAAAUCCAGAGAGAAAUCAGCAACUGUAUCUCUAUGAUCCUGCCUGGACCACAUGUGUUUCUCUUACUGAUACCACUCGGACGAUUCACUGAAGAAGAAGCAACAUCAGUAAAGAUCAUUCAAGAGAUGUUUGGUGAAAACUCAUUAAAGUACACCAUAGUGCUCUUCACCAGAGGAGAUGAUCUGAAUGAAAAAACUAUUGAACAGUAUCUGGCAGAUCCUGGAUCUGGCCUUAAAAACCUGAUUGAUGAGUGUGGAAACAGAUUCCAUGUGUUCAAUAAUAAAGAGACUAGAGACCAAACACAGGUGACUGAACUACUCCAGAAGAUAGACAACAUGGUGAAAGAGAACGGAGGGAGUUACUACUCAUGUAAGAUGUUCAGAGAGAUGGAGAGAGAAAUACAGAAGAAUAUACUGAUGGAGAGCGUCAGGGAAAGAGAAGAAGAGAUGAAGAUGAUCAUGGAGAAAGAAAGACAGAAUUAUGAGAGAGAGAAAAAGAGAAAAGAAGAAGAACUUAGAGAGAGAGAAGAACAAUAUAAAAGAGAGAUUAAAGAAAGAGAGGAACAAAAAAGAAAGAUUCGAGAGGAGCUGAAGAGAGAACGAGAGGAAUGGGAGAAACAAAUACAACAGGAAAGACAAAGAAGAGAAGAAGAGGAAGAGAAAUGGAGAAAUAUAGUUAAGGAAACACGUGAUGAAUAUGAUCAGAAACUUAAACUAGAGAGAGAGAGAAGUGAGAGAAAGGAAGAAGAACUUCAGUUCAAACACGAAGAAGAGAAAGAGAGAAUGAAGAUAGAGAUGGAGAAAAAAACACAGAAUUAUGAGAAAGAGAAAAAGAGAAUAGAAGAAGAAUUUAGAGAGAGAGAAGAACAAUAUAAAAGAGAGAUUAAAGACAUAGAGGAACGAGACAGAAAGAUACGAGAGGAGCUAAAGAGAGAACGAGAGGAAUGGGAGAAACAGAAACAACAGGAACGACAAAAAGAAGAGGCAUUUAGAGAGAGAGAAGAACAAUAUAAAAGAGAGAUUAAAGAAAGAAAGGAACAAGAGAGAAAGAUACGUGAGGAGAUGGAGAGACAACAAGAGGAAUGGGAGAAACAGAAACAACAGGAACGAAAAAGAAGAGAAGAAGAGGAGAAAGAAAGAGAUGAAGCCUUUCAGUAUGUGACUGGAAUUGUGGGUAAAAACCCGUUACUCCUGAGAGAGCUGGAUCUCACUGGACGUAAACUAGGAGACACAGGAGUGAAUCAGAUCGCUGCUCUACUGCAGGAUAAACACUGUACACUCCACACACUGAUGUGAGUAUUGUUCUCAGUUAUUAUAAUGUAUUUACAGUAUAUUAAGGAAAUUAGGUGAAUCAUACAGCUGCAAAAGUAAAAGCAGAUAAGUAUAUAUUUAAAGUUAAAAAGCAGACACUCUAAAAUAUUUUUUAAUGUUUCAAAUAAAGGAUCUCAGAUGUGUGUAUCUUCUAAAUUCUGCUGAUGAUACUAUAUUACUGCUCUAAUAUAACAUUUAUAAUUUCAGCUCCAACUAACUAGAAAAUAAUUUUCUUUC